AUGAAGAGAGAGUGGGAUCCCAGUAGAACAAAGGAGCUAGGGUGGUUCGUUGGCGACCAGCCGGUGGGCCAGGGCCACGGCCAAUCGACGACGACGAGGAACGGCCCCAAGGCCCCAUCCUCUCAUGGCACCCACACCCGCCGGGCGGACCAGACCUCUUGGGAAAUAAGCGCAACAUUGCGGACAGGGGUUGGAAGGAGCGAAGAGCCUUGGAAGGGCAGGUACCGAUCUGGGAAGGCGCAGGAACGUCUCUGGGCGGCCCAGCCCAGGCUAAUUGGCCAAAUUAAAAAUCUGGUCGUCUUGGCAGGCACCGUGUGCGGUGCGUUUCCUUGUGUGGCCGGCGGCAUUUCUUCAGGGCAACAGGCCAACCGCGGGCCACCUCCCAGCCCUCCUGGCGCUGCUGCUCCCAGCCCGCCCAGAGCGUGGCUGAUUGCUGGCGUCGACGACCCUAGCUCACCGCGGCUUGCGUGGUUUAGCCGUCCCACCGUGCCCUGGAUCGGACAAUUUCCAUGGAUAUGGAUCAGUAAAGUGGCUGCGGUUUGCACUGUCACCUCCUCCAGAGGCAGGCAACAACUUCCAGGGGCCGCCGUUUCUCGCAGCAAAAUUCAAGCCCAAGCCGGUGUGGCCAAGAAAGGCCUUCUUCCCAACCACCCCGCCCCUUUUUUUGCUUUUCGCGCCAGUGCAGGGCACAAACUCUCAGCCCAAGGUACCAUGAGCCACUCGGGAUUGCGCCUUGGAGCACGGCUCUGUGCCAGGGCCACGCACUCCCCAAUCCCCGUCCGCCGCGUUCCCAGAGCUGCACAGGAUCGACAUGCGUACUCCCAGCUGGCUGGCGACGCCCAACGACGCCCGGGGAGCCGUUCCGGCGCCGCCGCCGAUCACCAUGGUAGGCCCCUGUCCGGCAGCAGCGGUGUGAUGGGCCAGCGCAGCGCAUCCAACCACAGCCCACAGCAGCAGCAGCAGCAGCACGACGCCGCCCGGGCCCUGUCUGUCAGCCUGCCCGACGGCGAGGAGGCCCGUCUGUCCAAGCUCUGGCUGCGCGACAGCUGCAGGUGCAGCUCCUGCGUCGACCCCUCUUCCGGUCAGAAGAACUUUGAGACGUGCGACAUCCCCGCGUCGCUCAUGGUCGAUGCCCAGUCCGUGCUUCCGGACGGCUCCCUCGAGGUCCGAUGGGCCGACGACUUCCUGUCCGGCGGGGCAGCCCACCACUCGGUGUACCCCGUCUCGCUCGUCGCCAGGGCGGCGGCGGCAGCGGCCUCGGCGACGUCAAGCGUGAUCAUGGCGGGCGGCCCGCGUGUUUCCCGCACGGCCUGGGACCGCAAGUCGUUCGAGGCGCAGGCCAGCUUCAUCCCCUACGUCGACUGGGUCAAGGGCGGGGACGAGUUUUGGUGCGGGUUCGCCGAGCUGGCGCGCCUGGGGCUGGUCUUCAUCCGGGGCGUGCCCGAGUCCGAGGCGGCGGUCGAGGAGAUCGCGCGGCCCAUCGGGCACCUGCAGACGACGUUUUACGGCAAGACGUGGGACGUGGUGUCCAAGCCGCAGGCUGAGAACGUGGCCUACACCAACGUCUUCCUGGGCCUGCACCAGGACCUGCUGUACAUAAAGGACCCGCCGCGCCUGCAGUUGCUACACUGCCUCGCCAACAGCUGCGAGGGCGGCGAGUCGCUGUUCAGCGACGGCGUCCGCGCCGCCGAGGCCGUGCGCGCCGCCGACCCGGCCCAGUUCGCGCUGCUGCGCGACGCCCCCGUGCGCUACCACUACGACAAGAACGGCUACUGGUACGAGUGGAGCAGGCCCGUGGUGACGCUGGCCGCCGACGGGAGCGGCGCCGUCGACUCCAUCGGCUGGUCGCCGCCGUUCCAGGACCACUUCCUGCCGCCUCCCAUGCCAGCCGGCGCCGGCGACCCGCUCGAGGACUGGCGCGCGGCGGCGCGGCGGUUCAGGGAUGCGGCAUGCGCGCCCGACGCCAUGUUCGAGUACAAGAUGGAGCCGGGCGAGUGUGUUAUCUUUGACAACAUGAGGGUGCUACACGGGCGGCGCCAGUUCAACGUCACGUCGGGCAAGAGGUGGCUCAAGGGGACCUACGUCCAGGAGCAGGUGAUGCUCAGCAAACUGGCCCAGAUGCCGGCGGCGCUGAAAACUAGUUGAUGAUUACAUGAUAGCCUAGAUGCCUGUGCAUCCCUAGGGUAGGUAUUAAGCUAUCUAGAGACCCGUAGGAAUCAUGCCCAGCCCCGUGUUUCUCAUGGUCUGAACUUGAGUGACCUCGGCGGAGAAGGGAACCUGGGACGGUGAUGCUCCGAUGCUAUUCCCGACUUCCCAUCGGGCCAGAACAAUUUUCG